AUGAGUUCCAACAAGCCUUCUCGCAAAUUUUCGACGGGCGCCACCUCGCACCGCAAGAGGCAGAUGAGCCUCAUGGUCGAGAAGGAUGGUCACAUCAAUGCUCCUCUUCAGACUUUGUACCUCGGUAUCUCCGCCGUCUUUGCUGAUGAUCACACUGCCGUCAUUGCCCUUGCGAUUCACGAUACCGUCUAUCUCAAUGACUUCUCCAUCAAGCAUGUCUCUCUCGAUGAAGAGAUGCGCCAGGGACAAGAUCUCAUUGCUGAUCACAUCAUCAAUGAGGUCGAGACAUACGAGCAUGUUAACUUUGUCAAGUUUAUCGGAGCCGGUCUCCCUGUUACUCUCAAGUACAUGAGCCCUUCUCUGUGCUCACGUCUUUGGCUUGAUCUCGAUAUCGUACCGGUCGUCCUCCGACCUGAUCAUGAGGCCAAGGAGAAGAACUUCUGGGAUGUCAAGCGCGUCGACGAACAGGCUGAUUCCAUGGCCCGCAAGUGUAUUCUCAACUUCGGUCCUUCUCUCGUACCGCAUCUACAGGUCGGCCACCGAGGUAUCGUUCAGACAGAUGCAGGAUUCCGCGUUCAUCUCACAAACAUCCAAAACCACAAGGACACAUGCUCCCUCGCCACGUGGAAUGCCACGCAGUUCUACGCCAACAAGCUGCGUGAGAAGAAGACCAAACUCGCAUUCUUCAGCGCUACCCCUCAAGGCGGUGGUGUUGCCCUUAUGCGGCAUGCUCUCGUCCGCCUCAGUCGCCUCAUGGGAGUAGAUGUGACUUGGUAUGUUCCCAAGCCACGACCUGGCGUUUUCCGAAUCACCAAGAACCAGCACAACAUUCUCCAGGGUGUUAGUCACCCCGACCAGCGCAUCUCAGACGCAGAGAAGGGUGCCAUCUCCGACUGGAUUGAAGACAAUGCCAAGAGAUACUGGCUCUCUGAGGGCGGUCCCCUCAGGCCCCCAGAGGAGGGAGGUGCCGAUAUCAUUUUCAUCGAUGAUCCCCAGAUGCCUGGGCUUAUCCCUAUGAUCAAGAGACUCACUCCUGAUCGCCCGGUCCUCUACCGAUCUCACAUCCAGAUCCGAAGCGAUCUCGUUGCCAUUGACGGAUCUCCACAGAAUGAUAUCUGGAACUAUCUCUGGAGUAACAUCAAAGAGGCCGACAUGUUCAUCAGCCACCCAAUUCCCAAGUUUGUUCCUCAUACCGUUCCCAAGGAAAAGGUCGUUUAUCUGCCUGCUACCACCGACUGGAUCGAUGGUCUCAACAAGCACAUGAACAAGUGGGACACGGGUUACUAUGCCCAUAUCUACAACACCCAGUGCCGAAACCAGCGAAUGACCGAACUCGACUGGCCCAACCGCAAAUACAUUGCUCAAGUCGCACGAUUCGACCCUGCCAAGGGUAUUCCCACUGUCAUCGACUCAUACGCAGAGUUCCGCCGUCGAUGCGAUGAGGCCAACAUUACAGAGGUUCCCCAGCUCGUUGUUUGCGGCAACGGCUCAAUUGAUGAUCCAGAUGGCGCCAUUAUUUUCGAUCAGACAAUGACUCAAUUGGAAGACCACUACCCUCAUCUCCUCGACGACGUCAGCGUCAUGCGCCUUGACGCUAAUGAUCAGCUUCUCAACAUGGUCAUUGCCAACGCCCAUGUCAUUCUUCAGCUGUCAACUCGUGAGGGCUUCGAAAUCAAGGUGUCGGAAGCGCUACACGCAGGUGUUCCUGUGAUCGUUUCCAAUGAAGGCGGUAUUCCCCUCCAGGUCAAGGACAAUGUCAAUGGAUACCUCGUUACACCUGGUGACUACAAGACCGUCGCCAAACACCUCAUGGAUCUAUACACCGACCACGAUCUCCAUGCUAGAAUGUCUCGAGAAGCUAAGAAUGGUGUCAGCGACGAGGUCGGUACUGUCGGUAAUGCGCUGGGCUGGUUCUACCUGGCUGCCAAGUGGCAGGAGCUUGGAACCAACCCUGGCCUUCGAGGUGAUGAGAAGUGGGUGAAUGACAUGGCUCGUGAAGAAGCCGGUUACCCCUACUCUGAAGGUGAAAACCGUCUCCCUCGUCACUUCACUCAGCGCAAGGAGGGCGCGCAGAACGGAAAGGUACAGGAAGACGGCAACAAUGAGUAGAUGGGUUGUGUUUACGAUUACAAAAUCGAUAGAGCUGUUCCAUGACGGAGACAAUGUAUGUAUUACGUAUCUGGCCACAUUCGCGAACUGAUUCCACUCGUCUUGCUUCUGAGAAUUACU